GAGCCUCACUCACAGAGAAAAGCCCCGCACACACUGACUCAGGCCUGGACACGGGGAUACAGUGUGCUGCCAAAUCAUAAUCACUUUACCUCUGAGUGACGCCUUGCUUUGCUAAAUCUCUUUAUUUUCUACCACAGACAUGGAGCCCCACAGUCUGCAUAGAACCUUUCAUCACAGCCACCUGGGUGAGGAGAAGCACCAGAUGCUGAACCUGAACAGACGCCUGGAGACCUACCUGAGCCGGGUCAAACUCCUGGAAGAGGAAAAUGCACUGCUUGCAAAAGAGCUCCACGGUCUGAGACGCAGCAAUCAGGGAGCCUCAAUACGAAGGAAGGGUCUGGAGGAAGAGCUGCGGAAGGCGAGGCUGGAGGUGGAUGUAGCCUGGAGGGACAGGGUCCACGCAGAGCUGGAGGUCGGCAGGCUGACCGAGGAGGUCCAAGCCCUGGAUCUGCAGAGGCAGAGGGACGCUCGGGACCAGGUAAAAGCCAAGACAAAACUGGACCAAAGUAGGAGGGAGCUGGAGGAGGAACAGAGGGCACAGAUCUGGCUGAGGGAGAAGGAGCACUUGGAGGGCCUUGAGGCAGACAAAGAGGAGCUGGGCCAGCAGACUGAUUGUCUCCCUCUGGAGAACCAACUCCUGCUGCAGCUGAAGAUGUCUCUGGGCCUGGAGGUGGCAACGCACAGGUACGCUGCACUGUCAGCUGCUUUUAUAAAGAAAACCAAUAGAGGAUGGAGAUAACAACCAUUAAUAGAUUUUUUAUACCUGAUUAUGCUUUGCAGGGUUAAGUGGU